AUGAGUAGAACAUCAUCCAACGUGGAAGACAGACAGAAAAAAAUGCGUAUUCGUCAAUUCUUUACGACUGUCGACGAUCGCUAUGUCAAUGAUAUCUGGAACACAUCGUUGAAAGCGGCUAUUCAAGAAAUUCAGAAGAAAAACAACAGUGGGUUGAGUUUCGAAGAACUCUAUCGAAAUGCGUACACUAUGGUGUUACACAAACAUGGAGAAAAACUUUAUACAGGAACGCGAGAAGUUGUCAUAGAACAUCUUGUACACAAGGUCAAAGAAGAUGUGAAAGAUUCUUUGAACAAUAAUUUUCUAGUGACACUUAAUGCCGCAUGGAAUGAUCAUCGAACAGCAAUGAUUAUGAUUCGUGAUAUUCUUAUGUAUAUGGAUCGUGUCUAUGUUAGCGGACAAAAACUUGAACCAGUUUAUAAUUUGGGUGUUAUAUUAUUCCGUGAUAAUGUUGUUCGCUCUCCAGCUAUACGUGAUCAUUUAAGACAAACGCUAUUAGACAUGGUAGCGAAGGAACGACGUGGCGAAAUCAUUGAAAAGAGUGCAGUAAAAAAUGCUUGUCAGAUGUUGAUGAAUUUAGGUAUUGAUAGUCGGUCGGUAUACGCCGAUGAUUUUGAAACACCAUUUCUAUUACAAUCUGCUGAAUUUUAUCGGCUCGAGAGUCAAAAGUUAUUAGAAGAAAAUAGUGCAUCUGUAUAUAUACACAAAGUAGCUGCGCGCAUAAGCGAAGAAGCUGAACGAGCCGUCCAUUAUCUUGAUAAAUCAACCGAAGAACGAAUCAUUCGAGUAUUAGAAGAUGAAUUAAUAACGAAACAUUUGAAAAGAAUCGUUGAAAUGGAAAAUUCAGGUGUCUAUUCCAUGUUGAAAUUUAACAAAUGUGAAGAUCUGGCAACAAUGUAUAAACUUUUCGAACGCGUGCCUAACGGUCAUCUCACAAUAGCAGAUUGCAUGAGCGGCUAUUUACGUGAACAAGGACGCGCACUUGUAGCUGAAAAUGCCGACGAAGGAAAAAAUGCCAUUAGUUACGUCCAAAGUUUACUCGAUUUAAAAGAUACAUUUGAUUAUUUCCUCAAGAAUGCUUUCAACGAAGAUAAAGCUUUUAAAAAACGCAUCAAUUCCGAUUUCGAAUAUUUUAUUAAUUUGAAUCAACGCAGUCCAGAAUAUUUAUCUCUAUUUAUUGAUGAUAAACUGAAAAAGGGUGGUAAAGAGGUAAACAGAAUCUCCGGACAUUCCGAUCAGAUGAAUUUAUCAACUGUUUUGUUUUCAUUGAAACAGCUCGGCGAUCAAGAAGUUGAAAUUGUUCUUGACAAAGCAAUGAUGCUAUUCCGAUAUUUAGAAGAAAAAGACGUUUUCGAACGAUACUAUAAACAACAUCUAGCUAAACGUCUCCUAUUAAAUAAAUCUGCAUCUGACGAUGCAGAAAAGAAUAUGAUAUCCAGAUUGAAAACAGAGUGUGGUUGUCAAUUUACUUGUAAACUAGAAGGAAUGUUCAAAGACAUCACCUUAUCGAAUUCCACAGCUGACGAUUUCCGUUCACAUGUAAACCAGAAACGCUUGAAUUUAAACGGUAUUGACUUGUUCGUACGUGUUUUAACAACAGGCUUUUGGCCAACACAGAGCAAUACUAAUCAAUGCAACUUGCCAGCAGUUGUUCGUGAAGCGUAUCAAUGCUUUCAUCGUUUUUAUUUGAACAAACACAGCGGAAGACAGUUGACCUUGCAGCCAAGUCUAGGCUCAGCUGAUUUAAUCUCGAUUUUCUAUGGUAAACCUAAAGAGGACGACGCUGAUGGAGAAUUUCGACCGACAACUACUACAGCAACGGUAAUCAAAGAACGAAAGCAUACUCUACAAGUUUCCACUUACCAAAUGGUUAUUUUGAUGUUAUUUAAUACUAAAGAUUCCUGGACAUUUGAAGAAAUGCAUCACGAAACAGAUAUCAGUGAAAAAGAUCUUCAACGAGCGCUACUGCCCUUAUCGAUGGGUAAACCAACGCAGCGUAUAUUUCUGAAAGAGCCAAAGACAAAAGAUAUUCAAGCAAAUGAUAGAUUUAUUGUUAAUGACUCAUUUACGUCGAAACUCUAUCGUGUGAAAAUCAACCCACUUACAGCGAAAACAGAAAGUGAUCCCGAACGGCAAGAAACGCGAAAUAAAGUUGAAGAUGAUCGUAAGCACGAGAUCGAUGCAGCUAUUGUACGUACAAUGAAAACCAGAAAAACGAUGUCACAUGCUCAAUUAGUUGCCGAAGUAACACAUCAGUUGAAAGCACGUUUUGCGCCUAGUCCUGGUUUUACUAAGAAACGAAUUGAAAGUUUAAUUGAACGAGAUUAUUUAUCGCGAUUAUCAGAUGAUAGAAAAAUGUAUAGUUACGUUGCCUAA